UUACCCUGGUCUGUGUGACUUGACGGUUCAGUUGCUAGGGCGCAAACGCCAUAGCAACCGAGUCUCAGGGAAAGUUGAGAUUUUCGGUUUUUGCAGAAGAUGACGCGUCUCUUCCAGAAACGGAAGAGUUACUCUGAAGUUUAAGAAAUGCCAUCCACAAAAGUCAUCAAGCCGAAACCGGUGGAGACUAAAACACCCGAGAGACCCAAACCGGUGAAGGUGAGAGCGGUUAACGGAGCGCAGAGUGAACUCCGAGUGCCCGCUGUGCGUAAAAGCCGCGCGUCGAGCUGCCCGAGGUGUCCGCAGCGUGGAGACAGGUGUCCGCAGCGUGAAGACAGGUGUGCGCAGAGGUCAGCCGCCUCGAAAACGACCUGCGAAACGAGAACCAGGUCCAGCUCCACCGCUCCCAGGACAGCAGCGACCAACAGAGUUAAACAUGCCGCUGUUCUCAACCCAAAAGGCCCGGAGGUGACCGCCUGUGGUCCGAGGGAGCAGCGAGGGAGCGUCAGGGCUGAGACAAAGCAAAUCCAGAGCCACAAAGCUUUCACCGUCAUCCCCCCGAACCCAAAGAAAAGAAGAGAGAUCCAGAGAAAGGCGGAGGCGGAGCUUGCUGCUUUGGAGGCGCUUCGGCUGAGCAGAGCGAUGGCUUACGUCUCCAUCAACCCCAGCCGUGUGGGUGGAUGCAUGAGUCUGGAGGAAGUACGGUCGAAGCAGCAGCAGGAAAUGAUGCAAGCGAAGAGGAAACAGAAACCGGUGAAGACGCAGCUGAUGGAGGAAACGCCUGUCGCCUCGCCUCGCGUCUCUGCUGGCAGCUCAUGACUUCAAACAUGUUUAAAACUUACCGUGGACCAAACCCUGCAGAUUUCUGACAGCAUCAUACUAUAUGUUUUAUAUAUAGUUAUGUACUAUGUAUCUGUAAAUGUGUGUCAUGUACCAAUCUAGUAUCUAGAUGUGGAACCCAAAGUCUCUCUUAUAUUCAGCUCAUGCUGUCCAUGUUUACCAUCACCAGCCCAGUACGACGGAAGUUCAUGGUUUUUGUUUGUGCAGCUCUAUCCGGAAAUCACACUGAAGCCCUGCAAUAAGAAACAUCCAGUCAGGGAGCUUCAUAUUCUGCUGGUGCACCGAUUAUUAUUUUAAUUUUUGGGAGUAU